AUCAAUCACUGAGCUCCGCUGAUUUUUUGGACCAGCCAUGUCUUCUGGAGCCGAGUCUGUUGGCUGACUGGGCGAAACCGAAGCGCUAUGGAAGGUUCCUUCCCCCCAUCGCGGCAUGCACAGUACGGAGAGCAUUGGGGGGAAGGUGCCGCACGAUGCUUCAGCCUCGAAGCUGACAUCCUGGACGAGGACCAUGCAGUUCGCCUCAUGCCAGUGCCGGAUAGCUUUGUGUGUCCCAUCUCAGCUGCCAUCAUGGUGGAUCCUGUGGCCACGGUGGAUGGUUCAGUCUAUGAGCGUGGAUACAUCGAGAGGUGGUUCCGCGAGAGACGCCAGGAUGGCAACAGAAUCACCUCGCCCAUCACUGGGCAAGAGCUGCCCUCGGCCACGUUGAUGCCCUUGGUGGCCCUGCAACGAGCCAUCGAGGCCUACUUGGCUCACCGACCGGAACUCAAACGCGAGCAGAUGGCAGGUCGCUCCUUCGAAGAGGCUGCUGCGAUCUUACAGACGGACCUCUUCGAGAAGCAGGCGGUGCAUGCAUCCACGCAGGACAAGCUGAAAAGGCUGAAACAAGCCAACAAGGAUCUUCUGCGUGGACUGCAACAAGCGGAGCAGCGCAUCGCGCAGUUGGAAAGUCAACUUGGCCAGUCCUCCUCGCCGUUUCAGGCCGCGGCCUCUUCCAAAGUGAAGCCCGAAAGCGACGCCCCCACCGCAGCGCCGCGCCAAAGCGAGACGCAGCACCACGAGCCGGUGGGCGAUGCCGAUGCAGGAGCUGAGGCAGAAACGCCAAGUGGACCAAGUGAAACCCGUGCGCCGAAAGAAGAUGCAAAGCCAUGCGUCGGAGCAGGAGUUCAUUGGGGUGCACAAGGUUUGCUGGCCUUCCUGAUGAUCACAUCUUUGGUCUUCCUUCUGGGGCCGUUUCGGUGGCAAGCCGUGACCGACGUCGUCCCUGUGGGACGGAGGGAGGUGCUGGAGACGUCGCAUCUUCCGCCGAUGGAGGAGAACCCCGCGCUCACGGCACAGUUGAGGGCCUUAGAGGAAGGCAACGACGAUGAAAAGCAGAAAGUGGCCUUCAUGCUCCGCAUCUUCGCCGCGGAGCAUUCGGACAACCAGGCUGCCCUCGUCCGUUCGGGUGCGCUGCCUCACUUCGUCCGCCUCCUUCAGCAUGAGACGCCGGGCCUGCGAGAAGAGGCCGCGCGGGCCUUGUGGAACCUGGCACGGAACAGCAAGGAGAUCAACGCACCGAAUCAGGUGGCCAUUGGCCGAGCCGGGGCGAUCCUUCCGCUGAUCCGGCUGCUGGAGGAUCAAGAGCAGAGGAUCCGAGUGGUGGCAGCUGCAGUCUUGAAUGACUUGGCUGCUGACAACGUCGACAACCAAGUGGCGAUUACCCAAGGAGGCGCCAUCGAUCCCUUGGUACGGAUCCUGAAACGUGACGAGGCUCCAGCCUUGGUGAUGGCUGCAAGCCUUCUGAAGAGCCUGGCCAGCGGUGCAGAGGAGCAGGACAGCUCAGCCCUCAUGGGAGCUGUGCCGCCCCUGGUGGCCCUAUUGCGCGGGAAGACCUUGCUGGCUCAGGAGCAGGCUGCCUCCACCCUGGGUGCCUUGGCUGCGCACUCGGAAGGCAUCCAGGCCGCCAUCGUCCGCGCGGGGGCGGUUUCGCCCUUGGUCGAACGGCUGCACGGGGACAUGAUGAAGGGCACGGCGAUCGUGGCUCUGCGGAACUUGGCAUCGUCGCAUGCGGAGAACCAGCAGACGAUCGCGGAGGCCGGUGCCAUUCUGCCUUUGGUGAAGCUGUUGGAGGAUGCUAUGCCGAUGGUGCGUGAAGAGGCUGCUGUCGCGUUGUGGACCUUGGCCCAGGACAACUUGGAGAAUCAGCUGGCGAUCGUACGCGCAGGAGGCUCUGCUUCGAUGGUGGCACUCCUCAAAGGAGAUGCCCAGGAGCAGGCUACGCUGGCUCUCCUCGGUGUGGCUGAAGCAGCGCGGAUCAGUUGAUGCCGGUUUCACACAGCGGGCGCUGCGGUGCCGGAGGAGCCCGGCUCAUGAGACAUCGAAGUUGAGACGGAAGAGACGUGUUUUUCGGAGUGGUUUUGCGAAUACACAAAGGGUUGAUGGAAGAUGAUGGAGGCAACUAGACGGCCACGAGAAAACACAACUCACCUGAAAAGAUGCCACAAAACCUAAACAUGUGGAGAAUCGAUGAGAAUCAGAGAAUCCAGUAGUUGCAUCCCAAAUUCUAAUGCAGAUGAUGAUGGAACCACGUGGAACAUCAUGGAACCACAUUGAAACUUAUGUGGGAAAGAAGCAGGAUCCAAGUGCAUGCAUUGUUGGUUGUUUUUGAUGACUUUACAUAGUUCACUCUGCAAAGUGCUGGCCUGUAGGUCAACGCCCGGCAGUGACGUGGGAUUCGGAGCUGUCCAGCUCGGUCGAGCGACAGAGAGCCGGGGAGCGACCAGGGAGCUCGGUCCGACAGUGAUCGUGGCCACCUGCUAGUGUAUGGUGUGGUUUACAACCAGUUAUACUGUAGACAUCUCUGGACUGUAGGUGGGAUCGCUUGAAUUGAAUUCUCGAGUUCACCAACAACAGUCAUCGCCCAUUUGGCGUAACGGCGCGGUGAAGCAAAAAUACUUUACAUAU